UAAAUAUAUCAAACCAUCUAUUACCUGAAAGUGAUCCUAAAUCAGAUGCUGAAAACAAAGAUGAAAACCUUGUAUAUGAAAUGGAGGAUCUUGAAAAACUUAUUGCUACAAAUUUUCUAAAUUGUAAAGAGAAUGAAUAUAUUAAAUUUUCAUCUAUUAUUAAAUUAAAUGAUAAAUUUAUUGAAGAAGCUUUGUCAAAUAAGUAUAAUCAAUAUAAUAACAAUGAACAAAGUUUCCAUUUUAUUGUAAAUGCCUUGCUUGUUUUAAUUAAAACUGGAUCACAAUAUUACUAG